AUGGCGGCCUCCGUGGUAAAGUAUUUGGCCAGUUGCGGGCUGCAGCGUUGCACCAUGCUCUUGUCGAAAGGUUAUCCUGAUAUCAGCUGGAACCCAUGCGGUGGAGGAAAAUACCUCGACUUCCUCCGAUUCGCCGUCUUUGUUAAUGCAAGUCUGAUCCUCUGUCCUUACUCAUUAUUGCAUACAAACUGCACCGUGCACACCCAUCAUCAUUUGGACGGUGCACUGUGGGGAAUUAUAUGUGUACUGGAUAAUCUUUGUGUUUUUGUCUGUGCAGGAGAGACCGUGGAGGAGAAUGCCAACGUGGUGGUGCGUCUCCUGAUCAGACGGCCCGAGCGUUUUGGCCCUGUGCUCAGACGAGAGGGCGGUAACGGCCUUUUGGCCGCCAUUGAAGAAGCCAUUAAGAUCUCUGAGGACCCGGCCAGAGACGGCCCCACUGUCAGAAAGGACAGACGCUUCCCUAUGCUUGGAGGGGAAGAGCAACACGCGGGGAGCAGAGUUCAUCUGGGAAAUGCCAUCAUGUCCUUCUACGCUGCUCUCAUCGACCUGCUGGGACACUGCGCCCCUGAAAUGCAUGCGAGUGUCUCCUUUAUGAUUUAUUUACUCUGCUUUUGCUCAGCUUCUGAUGAGGACUUUCAUCAUAUUUCACUACCAGCUGAGUAAAGGUUUAAGGCUAGUGCACUGGUUAAUGAAUGACCUAAAGGUAGGCUUUUUAUUCCAAUUUCCCUGAUUUUGGAAGAAUUAUCAUUUAAAUUGGAGCCUAUGAUAAUUGAGCCUAUUGAUCAAAUGAAAUAAUUCAACACAGAUUUGUUGCUUUGUGACCUUUUUUGUUUAAAUAAUUAAUUAUUACUUGUUCAUUCAUGUUUUAUGAAAGUUAUCAAGAAUAAAUGUAUACUUAUGGAAUAAGUUAAACUUGAGCUUAACCGUAGACUUAAGUCAAAAAGUGAAAGUGUCCUUCUACUUCA